CGGCCGCUCGCACCACCACAUCCAGUCCUGCACGUCUUUCUCGACUAAGUGGAAGGAGGGCUACGGCGGGAGCAAGGUUAGGGAGGGUCCCCUCAGGAGGUCGCCCCUCUCGAUCUCCUCCGGCCUGCCUCCUCCGUGGGCUCAACAGGCUCAACAGGAGGAGUACCACAUACCGCCGCCGCCUGUGGUGAGGUCGGCGAAGGAGAGGCUGGAGGCCGGCAGGGAGCAGCGCAGGCUACCGCUCGCACUGCUGCCGUGGGCGGCUGGUGAGCUCCUCCUGUGCUGCACAUCUCCGAUGCGUUGUGCUAGACUCCUCUACAUGAGGACGCCGGCCAGCAGUACAACAACCUGUCCCUUUCCACCUCUUCUUCCAAGGAGACCUACAGCUGGUGGCUGGCUGGAUCAGCGCACCGCCGAAGGAUUGGUUGGUGGCCGGCGGAAGCAGCGCAAGCCGCCGCUCGCACCGCCCCAGUGUGUGUUUCCAUUGCUUCAAGGGGCGGCUGGUGAGAUCUGCCCGUGCUACACGUCUCCAGUGCAUCGUGCUGCAGUGCCUGGACUCCUCCGACACUUCAUCGUCUUUGAGGGUGCCGACCAGCAGUACAACAGCAUAGGACGGAGAACAAUUCUACCACACGCGCAUCUUCGUUGGCAUGGUGCACGAACCACUGCUGCAACACCUAGAGAGCAGCACAUCCUGCCGCCACUUAUGGUGAGGUCGCUGAAGGAGUGGCUGGUGGCCGGCGGGGAGCAGCGCAGGCCGCCACGUGCCUUGCCGUCGCUUAAAGGGGCGGUUGGUGAGAUCCGCCCGUGCUGCACAUCUCCGAUGCGUUGUGCUGGAGUGCCUGGAUUCCUCCGCACGAGGACGCCAGCCAGCAGUACAACAACUUGUCCCUCUCCACCUCUUCUUCCAAGGAGACCUGCAGCUGGUGGCUAGCUGGGUCAGUGCGCCACCGGAGGAGCAGUUGGUGGCCGGCGGAAGAAGCGCAAGCCGCGGCUCACACCACCGCCGCCCGCGUUGCCGUCGCUUGAAGAGGCGGCUGGUGGGCUCUGCCCGUGCUACCAGCAUAGGAUGGAGAACGAUUCUACCUGCAUAAACUUGGAUGUUAUGCUAAAUUGAUUGACUUUGAUACUUGCUACAUUAUGAACAAUGAUUAUUGUAGCUAAUAAGAUGGUUGUUUCAUUUUUUCAGCAUAGGAUGGAGAAUGAUUCUACCACAUGGGCAUGAAAUGAAAAAAUAAUCGCUGUUGCAAUCUCUUCCUCUUUUGUUCGAAUUUAGGAGGGCUUUUCGAUAAUUAUGUCUGAUAUCUUUGUCUUACCAGUGUUGUUUGAUUUAUAAUUUUAGGCCAUGGUCUUCUUAUCAAUAUGAGUGCUGUAAAUAAUAUAUUGGGAUGGUUGUCGCUCUAAAUUUAGGAGUAUUAAAAUUUACUAGCCUAUUUUGAACUGGUGUUUCUGUUCUCUUAUUUACUCAUAAUCUUCUAUAAUAGAUGGAAUGUACAAAGCCUCACGUGAGCUUCUUCUCUUCUUAGUCAAUUAUUCAAAUUUCAGGUGUGAAUCAUUGCUCAUUGCCGAGAUACAAUCGUGCGCCUCCAUUUCAUUCGUCUUCACUGAGUGCCUUGGCUUUCUUCUUUUUUCACUGUUGUUUUCUGAUAAUUUUUCUCGUCACAUAUAUUUUUGCAGCUGGUCCUGCAAAGGGAGACAACCUCCUCUGUAUCUUCUCUCUCGGUUGAUGGUCAUCUACUCCGCUCUAUGUGUAGGCUGUUGCCGGGAGUUAGCCCUUACCUCGCAGCCGAGAAGAGCAAGGUCUGAGGAGUGGUAGGAUAGUUUGUAUGGCUCCUUCCACUCUGGUGGUUUGGUUGGGUCUGGGUAGGCUGGUGUGAAGGUUUAGCUCAUUGUCAUGAAUGAUAGAGACGAGCCCAGGUGCUCUGUCCACUUGACUAUUCCAAGGUGGCUGCCCCAUUAUGGAUAACAAGAGAAUGUUGAAUGUCGACGCAAGAGAAGGUUAUCUGUGAAGGAGGUUUCUUGAUAAUGAUGUUUUUAUCUCAGGAUAUGUUGGCCUACUUCUGAAUACUAGAUGAUAAUUUUUUUAUUAGCUCAUUAUCCCUGCUAAAGUGUAUGGCAUCUUUUCUUUCAUCGGUUCAGUAUCUUUGCCACAACGGCAGUAAGUACUGGAUGUUUUUCUGAGGAAGGUAGAAUGGCUACUCAAGAAAAAGAAAAAGAUAUUGCAAUGCUACUAAGAAAAGGGAAAUUCAAGGCCAUCUAUUACAGUAGCCAAAAAAGGCAAUAGUACCACCCAUCAAAACAAGAAGGCAUCCAAUGAACUAUUCAGAGGGAGAUUGGAAGGGAAAGAAGAAAUGCUGAGGGGGGUUGAGGAUACAAUAGAUGACACCUAUUUGCAAUAAUCUGCUGGCUCAAAUGUUGGCGGGAGUGUGGAUAUUCUGAUUGAUGGAUUUGUCCCUCCGGCUAGCAGUUGUUGCUCCUAUGUUUACUUUAGUGCGGCUUCUACGAUCAUUUUUCCCUCUCCUCCAGCUACUGAACAGAUUUUCUUCUGGUCAGCUCUCUGUUGCAUACCAGUUAGUAAAUUACCUGUUAUUGACUUAUCGUGCUUAAAAAAUUUCAGUGGGCAAUUUUGCUUGCUUCUCUAAAAGUAGCAUAUUAAAUGGUAGCAAGGAGGAUGCUCUUCCAGCGAUAAAUUUUUUGCAGACAUUUGUUGGUUUGAACUGUCCAAAGGUAAGCAAACUAAAUCAGAUUGUUGAGCUAUCAUCAUCUGCCUGCUCAAAUUAUUUGUGAUAACGAAUGUUUAAUGUUUUUGAACUAUAUGCAAAGCUUCUAUGUGUUCUCUUAAAGAAAUAUUCCAUAGUACUUAUCGACCACGAGAUACACUACAAAGAAACCUUUGGAGUUCAUUUUCUCCCUAUAUACUCUCGGGAUCUGUUUUGUUUCUUAUUUCUACAUUGGCAACUUCCUUGCUAUAUAGAACAUGAUGAUGUUGUAUUGAACUCCAUGCCUCAAUUAGUCUUUUAUGCUAGGUAGCAUCCCUCCUGUGCAGCGUGGUAUCUUGAAAAUUAUUUCUAUGCUGCGCCCACCAGCUAUGUUAUCAUCAAUCUGGCCCAUUACCCUCCUUGAGAUGCUAUGCUAUCUUAACGGGGAAAAAGCCCCCUGCACGAGAGUAGUCAAGAAGUACGCGAACAGAAUACUGAUGCACUGGCAAAUGUCAGAAAGUGUGCUUCUGGUAAAACAUGUUAUCUUGCGUAAUUUAAGAAAUAUGAUACCUUGAGUAAUUUAUAUGUAAUUUAUCAUGGCUAUAGUUUAAUGAUACCAUAUCAAUGGCAGUGGCACAAAAGGGGAAACUAUUGUGGGCUGUGGCUGGGCCAUCCUAUUUUUUUUGUAGAAAAGCAUGUGGCAAUCAUGGCUUCUUAAUUCGGCACCGUCAAAAGUGAUUUCGAAUGAGAUGACAAUGUUAAGGUGUGAUCCCGAGUGCGUAGGUUUGAGUGGCAUCAGUUUUUGACACUGUUGGUGAUAAGGUUUCCGUGGUUGACUAUGUGAUACAGGUAGGUCUCAAGAGCCAAUGAAAAUGGAAUCUUCCUAAUAUAGAGUGUAGUGACAUUGUCGGUGUGACCAUGGAGUUCCAAAGCCAUCAAUUCCCGUUGUAGCUCGGCAGUUCCAAUAUAAUUUUUAAUUUUUUUUAAUUUAAGUAUUCAGUAUUUGACAUACAAGAUGCAGAUUUUAAAUCAACAAAAAAUGAUGUUGUCUAUAGAUUUAUACAAAAAAUAGCUGGUGGUUGUUUAUAGGUAUACUAAAUGAAUAUUUAAUUUUUUUAUUAGAUACUCCGUACUGGUUGUGAAGGGCGGGCCUGGUGCAGCGGUAGAGCCUCACCGCCUGUGACCGAGAGGUCCCAGGUUCGAGUCGCGGUCUCCUCACAUUGCACUUUGUGAGGGUAAGGCUUGCCACUAACACCUUCCCCAGACCCCGCACAGUGCGGGAGCUCUCAGCACUGGCUGAAUAGAUGGAUCGGCAACGUACAUCUGCCGAUGGCUGGGCCAUCAAGGCCUCCAGCUGCUCCUCCUACGGUGCCUCUACCGGCGCCAGGAUCUUCGUCAACCUUGCCGGGUCGGCUGCCCCGGCAUCUGCGGCUACUACGCCUGCCGGCCCCUAUACGGGACCCCCUGGUUUCCAAGGAUGGCCGGCCGGGGCGCUCAUGCCGCAGGCUGCGCCUCCUCCUCGACCGGCUGCACCUGCGCCUCCUCCUCGACAGGCUACGCCUAUUCCGAGGCCGCCACAUGGGUAUCGCCCUCCUGUACCCCAGAUGCAGUUCAUGCCUCAACCGUCGUAACCGCAGUACCAAGGUCAUUUUCAUUAUCCGCUUGCUGGACAGCCGAAUAUGGUGCAGCCACUUGUGCAGCCACCUUCAUAUCAGCAGCCACCGCCACAGCCUGGGCAAGUGAAGAAGAGAAGGAAGAAGAAGAGUGCCACUACGGUGGGGCAGCCAGUGCCUUCGGUGGGAGAUGGGCCUCCUGUGGGACAGCCAAUGCCUCCAGUGGGACAGUCUGCGCCGUUGUCUAUGGUACAGCCACAGUUGGUACCAAAUUCUGAUAUUCUUAUGACUCCUCUACAGGAGCCUGCAGGUGGAGUUGUUUCUGAGGUUCCAGUGAUGAAGCAGAAGAAGGUGGGGCGUUGUUGGAAGUGCGCCGUUAAUACGCAUGCAACAAAGGACUGUAAGGCUGUUCAUUACUGUUUAGUGUGUGAUUCUGGGGCACACCCGACCAUUCGAUGCCCAAUUCUGAAGCUGCCGAGACCUACGAGCUUUUUUGUCGGUUGUGGUAAUGAUGCCACGCUUGAUCUUCAGCUCCCGGACUCAGUCUUUAAGCCUCAGUUGAUUGCGGCUGGAGCACCUACUGCUUUGGUACAGGUGUCAGGAGAGGGAGUCGUUUCAGCUGAUGAUAUCCAGAGUCUUAUGGCCCGGAUGUGUCCUGGGAAUCCUUCCUGGAAGUGGGAGGCGGUGCCUCAUGGUGGUAAUGCUUUUCUGGUUGGUAUACCUACAGCUGAAGAUCUGUCGAGGAUUGACGGUAUGCAGAUGAGUGUGCCCAAAGUUAGUGCACAGGCUCUUGUUUCUUCUUGGGUGCAUCAGGAUAUUGCUCCGGAGUUUGUUAUGAAGCCAGUUUGGGUGCACGUCACCGGUGUACCAGAUUCUGUUCGACACUUCUUAGGCCUCUGGGCUGUGGGGUCUCUUAUUGGUACUACUCUGGAUGUGGAUUUAGUCUCCCUGCGGAGUCUGGGGAUUAUUCGUAUACUAGUGGCUAUGCGGGAUCCUUCAGUGUUGGAGAAAGAUGAUGGAUGUUUGCAGGUGAUUGCACUUUUACAGCUUAAUGGUUACAGAUUUCGCUUUCGUCGUGAAGCAGCUGGGUUUAAACCGGACCCUCGGUUUCGGCCUUUUUUCUGGAAGGACGAUGGUGAUGAUGGCGGUUCUCAUGGGUUUGAGGAUGAGAGUUUUGAUGAUGCUACAGCGGUUGCUGCGCCGGGUGCGGCGAAUAUGGAGGUAGAUGGACAUCCACCGACUCAGUCUCAGGGUGCUUCAGCGGUACCGGUUGCGCAGGUGGCUCUGACUCCAUUCAACCACUCACCGAUGACGGACACAGGACGCCAGAUUGUGGCUUGCGCCAGGACGGAGUCACCUCACCUAGUUGCUUCACGACCUUCGCUCGCUCGGUCUCUUUCUCCGUCUCGUGUUCGCACGUUCAUGCAGGGACGUACUCGACCGGGGUCUUCUCCCGCUCCUUCGCCUUCUUCGUCACGCACACCACAGGGGGUGCCGGUCCCGUCUUCUACCUCGACACAGACGGAAUCGAUACUCGGCCGGGACGCGUCACUGCCGGCGGUGCGGCCUCUCCCCGUGUCUCCAACGUGGCAAGUGGCACCACAGGUCGGGUCGGUGCUGACCAUGCAGCUGCUGUCGUCGACAGACGCGCAGCCGACCGUCGCGGCGUCCGCCUCGGGGCUCAUGCAGGGACAGCAGCCGGAUGCGGCUUCGACGCUGCACGUGGCGUCGAUCACGACGGCAACGACGCAGCGUGCCACGUCGACCGCGCCUCCGCGAGACGGGGAACGACGCAGCGCGCCUCGUCGAACGCGCCUCCGCGGAUCGUCGUCAUGGACCGUGCGGCAGCCCGCUCCCGGUCGGGCGGAGCAGGCGAGGCCGGGCGGUGGCUCGGCGGGCGGCAUCCGGUGGUGCAGCUGCCAGCCUCCUCUCGCUGUUCCUCCUCCUGUCGCUCAACCGACGGUGAGGCGAAGUGGGAGAUACGCGCUCGCGGAGGAUGACUCGGGGGUGACGGAUGAGGACGUCAUGCAGAGAGCCAUGCGACGCAAGGCGGAGAAGAACCUCGACACAGCUGGUACUAAGCAAGCUUCCAAGUCUUUUACUUCGUUUUCAGAUUCUCGUAUUUCUUCAAAUUUGUGUAGUCUUGGGGUCUCGUUGGGUAGUAGGCCUGAUGAGAUCUCGGUUUCGGCUAAUGUGUUGAGACAGACGGAGCUUGACCGUUUAACGGUUGUUCCGAAUGACUCAACUGGGCUUGAAACAUCCUUUAUAGACGAUGAGGAAGAGGAUGACAUCUUAGAUGGUCAGCUUCUCUCGGCUAUUAUUGGUAGUGUCCCAGAAGUCGACUUAGAACACUCAGAGCUUAGUUCCGUUUAUGAUCUAAGCGCGUCCGCUCGAGGUUCUAGGUCGUCGGCUGGGAAGAAGUCUCGUAGAUAUGGCAAGAAUUCUAAAUCUAAAAUAGUUUCUCAAUGA